AUGAAGCGUGCUCGGGUUGAUGAGAGCGCAGAUAAAUCCGAAGAUCAUGUGACGAAGAAUUCUAACAAUGGGGCCAAGAUACCAAGUGUGAGGGUGUCGAAGACUGUUAAGGCAUGCACUGAAUGUCAAAAUCGAAAGAUCCGUUGCGACCUAGCACAAAGCUCGUCCUCAUCAUGUACAAGAUGUAUCAAGAAAGGCUUAAAAUGCACCCUUAACAAAAGUCUCCAGUCGAUUCUGGUAGAUGAAGCGGAAUGGAAAAUGGGAAUGCAAAACACCUCCCAGCAGCUCCAAGCAGCUGUAUCAGAGAUUCUGGGAGUCUUAAAUCUGCCACCACUGGAAACCUUUGCAAGCCCUGGGAGUCAGCCAGUUAGUAAUGUUCAGCGUGGGGUACGAUUUGGCUCUAUCGCCUCUACGUCGCAAGUUGAUGGAACGUCUCCGCUGGAAAACAUGCGGAGCGCGACGCCGAGGACGAUGGCUAUGACGAGAGAAAAUUCGAAUGAGCCUGAACAUUCUCAUGAGGGGAGUGGCACGUUGGUUGGGGCACCCAUCAACACUUUAUACGAGGUAACCCGCCUCCGCCACCUCCGUGGCAACCCACGAUCCAAUGACCUUACUCGAAAUCCACUAGACAACGACUUCAUCUCGCGAGGUGUAAUCGGAGAAAAGGAAGCUCAAGAGCUAUUCGAUACAUUCAAUCACUCGCUUAACCACUAUCUAUGGGGAGGUAUCGCUCUCGUCCACUCCGAUCUCACAUCCGUUCGGAAGUCAUCAUCUCUGCUCUUAACGGCGAUUUUAGCUGUCACUGCACUACAUGCUCCGGGUGGGGCAGCAACUUUUGAUAUUUGUUAUUCGGAGUUCACUUCGCUUGUGUCAAGUUCUAUGCUUGAUCGGCAUCACACAUUGGACGGCAUAAGAGGUCUCUGUAUUGCUGCGUUUUGGUUGAGCGACUUGAGUUGGAAACUCUCGGGUCAUGCUGUUCGCAUUGCUACGGAGCUUAAUCUGCACCGAAGCUUUGCAAAAGCCUUAAGAGGUGAGGCAGAACAUAUCGAAGCCGCUCGACUAUGGUAUCUUUUGUAUGUGUGUGACCAUCAUUUCAGUAUUGCUUAUGGUCGGCCUCCAGUUAUACACGAGGACCAAGCCGUCGUUGGACAUGAAAGAUUCCUACAACUACCAGGAAUCACACAAGCAGAUCUGAGACUACACAGCCAAAUCGCCAUAUUCUCCGUCCUAACCAAAAUGUUCCACUCAUUCGGACCCGACGUCGACCACAUGCUCCAAGAAAACGACCUCCAUCUACUAGGACGAUUCAACAUGGACCUUGAUAACUGGCGCAUAAGAUGGGAAUCCCAACUAGCACCCAACCCCUUCAUCUCAUCCUACCCCUCCAAAGGCGUCUCCCUCCACCACCACUUCGGCAAACUCCAACUAAACGCCCUCUCCCUGCGGGGCUUCCAAGAAUCCCCACACAGCACCACCCUCAGCACCUCGCGCCGCGAAUACGCAAACCUAGCCAUCUCCUCCGCAGUCGCCAUCCUGCAACUCGUCAUCUCCUCGCCCGACAUCCGCAACGGUCUCGUGGGCGUCCCCUUGUACCUCCACACCAUGAUAACCUACGCCGCCGUGUUCCUGCUCAAGGUCGAGCAGCGCUGGAAACCGCUGCAGCUAGGCACAGACAGCAUAUUGAUCCGCGAGCUCGUCACGCAGAUCAUCCAGCUCCUGAAGAGCGUGAAAGCCAGUGAACGGUUUUUGGCAGCGCAUAUCGCGAUUGGCUUGCAGAAGAUGCUGGAAAGGGAACGGCCGGCGCAGAACCAGCUGCAGCAGCAGUAUGAGGCUGAUCUCGCGCCGUUUGGGGUGUAUGGGAAUUCGUUUGACCUGUUUGAUGAGAAUUAUUUCCCGGUGGGGUUUUUUGAUGUUAGUGCAUUGAAUGGCGUGGGAGGGUAUGAUCGAGGGCUUAUGUAA